UAUUCAAAGCAUUUCUCUUAAAAGUGCAUGAAAUCAGAACUCUACUUUAUUCGGAAUUUUAUUUCCCUACGUCGUUACAAUUUCGAUAAAAUCUCAUUGUGGUUCUCAUGUCUAAUGUGGUUUGGUUUUCAAACAUGCCUUUAUUUCGUAACAUUUUUAAGAAGCGAUUUAUUUACACGAAAGUUUAUGUUAACUCCUCUCGUCCUAUCCAACAGCUAGCUGUUGUGAACGAUGAACAGUGUCUUUAUCCACCAAUAAUUGAUACAUCUAAAGAAGGACUGCAAAGACAUGCUCGUCAAAUGUGGUAUGAUUCAAUCAAGGCAUUACCUACAGUUGAAGAAAAAAUGUACGAAUUAGCUUUGCAGCAGAGAUCGCAUUUAAAAGUCUUCCAACUAAAUUCAAUAUGCAAUACAUACGUAGGUGUUCCUUUUCAAAGCUAUAUUACGAGAACACACGUCAUAAAUGGUUUGCCAGAACAUAUUACCGGCAUCAAUGUCGAUCAAGAACUGGACGAAAUUCGAAAUGUUUUCUGUGAGGUGUUAUACAAAGAUAUUAUUCGAUCUUGGAAGGCGAACGAACAAAUGAAUUUGAGUGAGCUUUUCUCUAAAAAGGAUUCGGGUAUUCGUUUAUUACAAGCUUUAAUUGCCCAAAGCUACAAAAAACUGGGCAGGAAAAAUGACUAUAUACUUGAAUCUGUUAUCCAACAGAAAACAAGAAUCAAUUCUUUUUGGUGGCACUCUGGUUUUGAGUCAGAGAAGAAGAAAUUAUUUGAAGAAAAUUUAUGUUUCCAGUACUCGGAUGUAGCUGCAUUUUCUAUCAGAAUGAAACAGCCACUUCUUCCUAUUGUUGAUAUGAGUGAUCCACUUUGUGCUACUGCUGAUGUUCCAGAUUAUAACUUCAUCCCCAACACCUUAGGAUUCCAUUCAGAAAGAGAAAAAAUUAUAUCAGUGCCAGGCUACUGGGCUGGAGAUCCAUGUGAAUAUCCCUUGUUGCUUGUAUUCCCCCGUAGUUAUCUUCAAGUCUUGUUAAAGAAAAUAGAGAAAUAUGAUUUGAGUAAAAUUGAAGAAGGCUUUGCUGUCAUGGCUUCUUUUGGAUGGUUGAAUGCCAUUGCUACAUACCAAGGUUUUACUCCAUUUCACGACUUGACAUACCCAUUAGUGACCCAAACUAUUCUCACUAAUGGCAGGGAUUGGAAUUUCUUUGUUUAUCAGCUGAACACUAUUGCUUUUCACAGUGAUGUGGACAAAAAGGACAGGCGUAACAUCUGCUGGUCAUCAGGCAGGAUGCGCCUGUUUGACACCAUCGAAGAUGGCAAGUUAAAAGGAUUGAAUGAUGAAGUCUUUAAGCUUAUCCUCAGGUUUCUUCUCAAUGCCCCUCUGGAGAGGGAAGGUGUUGUGUUGAAGCCUCACCUCGGAGAAGAUCUCAGGACGGAAGAAGAACUGAGAAUAUUCCGGUUUUUUUUCAAGAGGAUGUAUAGUCGCUGCCCUGAUCCCAUGGCAUAUAAGAAUGAAGUUCCAACCUGGAGGAGGAUCUACAAGAUGCACCCCGAUGCUCCUCCUACACCUUAUAUUAGAAAUGACUGAAGAAAACUUUUUUUUUUAAUUUGAUUGAAUGUGUAAAACAUUUUACAGUCUGAAUAAAUAUGUUUCU